UGGCUGAAGGACGAGGCCAAGCUACGGUGGUUCCUGGAGCAGCUGGGGGGUGAGGUGGGCACCCAACGCAAGAAGAUGCGCCUGGCCAACGAGGAGGAGAUCGACCGUGCUGUCUACGCCUGGUUUCUCGCCCUCCGCCAGCAUGGCGUCCCCCUCUCCGGGCCCCUCAUCCAAGCCCAGGCCGAGGCCUUUGCCCGCCAGAUUUACGGUCCUGAAUGUACCUUCAAGGCCAGCCACGGCUGGUUCUGGGGGCGUUGUCAAACGCUACCUGCGCCGGAGCUGCCUGCAGCAGAAGGCUGUGCGCUCAAGCCACUGGUGGUCGGGGGCCUUCGUGAUCCCCCCAGCCUCCGCCAUCACAACCAGGACAAAUUCCCCGCUUGCUACCGCUACAGCCCCGAAGCCAGGUUGGGGCCAGCCCUUCUCCGGGCUUGGUUCUUUGAGGACUUUGUUCCAGUUGUCAAACGCUACCUGCGCCGGAGCUGCCUGCAGCAGAAGGCUGUGCUGCUGCUCAGCUCCCCGCCACCCACCUCUGCGACUGGCCCCGAGGAGUCCCCCCCACUGCAGACACCCGACGGCUCCAUCCGUGCCCUGUUCCUCUCUAAGGGCCCUGCCGGGAGCAGCUCAGCUGGAGCGGGAGGCCGAAUCCCGGCCCCGCUGGAGCAGGGGGUGGUGUCUGCCUUCAAGCAGCUCUACAAGCGGGAAUUGCUGCGCCUGGCCGUCUCAUGCGUGGCGGGUGGCGGUGGCCCCGGUGGCCCCAUGGAUUUUGUGCGGUCCUUCCUCCUGAAGGACAUGUUGUACCUGGCCGGCCUCUCCUGGGACCUCAUCCCCCCCGGCUCCAUUGAGAAGUGCUGGCUGCUGGGGCUGCGUGCUGCCUUUGAGCCCCAGCCUGGGGAGGAAGAGCACGGAGACCACCCACACAGGGAGGAAGGCAGUGGGGACAGCAAAGUCUUUAGUGACCUGACCCACCUGGCAGCGUUGGCUUACAAGCGCCUGGCUCCCGAGGAGGUGGCCAACUGGUUGCACUUGGAUGAUGCGGCCCCUGGUACGGAGGAGGACGAUGGGGAGGAAGAUGGGGAGGAAGACGCUGAGGAGGAAGGCCCCAGGGGCUGCGGGGCAGAGGAGGACGAGGAGGAGGCAGCUGCUGGAGACAGGGGUGGUAGAAAGGGUGGGGAAGGAGGGGACGCCUUGCUGCCCACGGCUCGGGAAGCUAUCAAAGGUCUGGAGACGGCACUGCGCUGGCUGGAGGGUCAGGACCCCCGGCAAGUGGGGCCGCUCAAGCUGGUGCAGCUCCGUUCCCUCAUCAGCAUGGCCCAGCGGCUGCACCGUGGCAGCAGCCCCCAUUCCUAG